AUUAUGUAGCAAAUUUUGCACAUUGUCCAAAGCAUAAACGUUUUAUAGCUUUUUAUGUUUUAAAGAAUUUUUUUUCAGUUUAUCAGCAGAUAACUUCUGAGGCAAUUCAAGUUUUAUCUAGAAUAAACCGAACAAAAAAUUAAAUUGAAAAAGUCUGGAAUUGCUUGGAAGAAUUGGAAUGGCAGCAGAGGAUAGAGAGUGUGUGCAAAGUAAGAGAGCUUCUGAUUAUAAAACAGGAUGGGGGGUUGGAUUAUCUGACGCCACAGCAGCUGACGCAGAGGAAGAUAAGGAUCACCGGACGAAGACUGCUGCGACACCUAUCUCACGACCAGAGUCUGUGGCUUCGCGAGUGAUUGGUGGGAGCAGAAACGGGAGCAGUGGAGGGGGAAGCGGUAGCUCAGAUUAUGAUAUUCUGAAGCAGCAGUUGAAGCUGGCUUUGAGUGAAAUAAGUCGCCAGAAGCUGCGCAACAUCCAAAUUCAUAUGCGCAGAAUUGCUAACGUGGAUUCGAGAGUGAAGUCGAGCGAUCUGUGGGAUUUAUUCUUGGAGCAUAAUUUGUCAAUCAGCAAGAAGACCUUCCAAUUACUUCUAGACCACUUCUCCGAUCCUUUCGGCAUAGAGUACGAGUCUAUUCUCAAACUCAUGCGAAGCACACAUGCUAAAACAGGGCGGGACAGUGUGCAAGCCAAGUACCAGGUGAGCUGCCCAGUUGAUGGCAAAGGGGGCAAGAAGGUGGAAGAGAAGAAGGAGCUGGAGUUGGAGGGCGAGGAAGAUGUGGCGCUGCUGGAUCAAAUCAGGAGCAGGUUUAAGGCCAACACCCUCACCCAGUUCAGUCUGCACGUGUUUGAGGAGCAGCUCCAACAACUGGAUUACACCAAGUCCGGAGUACUGACCAAGAAAGAGGCAAGUGAACAUCCACCACCAACGCCAUAA